CCGGGGAUGCCGGCCGCAGGUGGGCGGCGCGGGGCUCCAGAGCUCAUGACCUGGCCCUGCUCCGAUCCGGAGCUCUGUGGAGCACAGCAGGCGGACACCUGAUCCUCGCCAGGCUCAGAGAAAGACCGAUUGUUGCAGCUUGCCGCCGCCUUCGGGGAAGGAGGUAUGGGACGAGGCGCGGGGUGCCGAAAUGGGUAACAAACAAACCGUGUUUACUCCGGAGCAACUGGACGCCUAUCAGGAUGCAACAUUCUUCACAAGGAAGGAAAUUCUGAGAUUGUUUGAUCGGUAUCGUGAUCUAGCCCCUCAGCUCGUCCCACUUGAUUACACAAAUAAACCUGAUGUGAAGCUCCCCUAUGAACUCAUUGGCAGCAUGCCUGAACUGAAGGACAACCCUUUCCGGCAACGGAUAGCUGAAGUCUUCUCUGAGGAUGGUGAGGGCAACAUGACCUUAGAUGACUUCCUGGAUAUGUUCUCAGUGAUGAGUGAAAUGGCACCUCGUGACCUCAAGGCUUAUUAUGCCUUCAAGAUCUAUGCAGACUUUAACAAUGAUGACUACAUUUGCAAAUCUGACUUAGAGAAGACUGUUAACAAACUGACCCGCAAAGAGUUGACCCCUGAGGAGGUGUGUCUGGUGUGUAACAAGGUGAUUGAUGAAGCUGACUUGGACAACGAUGGCAAGCUUUCCUUAGAAGAUUUUCAACACAUGAUUGUGCGGGCGCCUGACUUCCUAAGCACUUUUCAUAUUAGAAUCUGAUGCACCACAAACUCUCCAGGAGAUAGACAGCAGACAAGUUUUUCUCCUCCUCCUGCUUCCACUGCUGAUACUGAAGGUGGAUCAGAGGAUUCCUGGAAAGUCCUCUACAAUAUCUAGCUGCCGAGUUCUCAUUGGUUGCUAAAGUGAAACCUUCCACUGAGAGGUGCAAUAAUAACAACAACAACAACAACAACAACAACAACAA